UUGUCUUGCCGGUCGCACGAAUACAGAGCGUUAUAUAAUCGACAUACAGGCAAAUUAGCAGAAAAGAGAGAAAUAUUUCACACAAGAAAAGUAUGAUCGGGUAUAGCUCUAAUUAAAAAUUAAAAUACAAUCAAAAUAGAGAGAAAAAGAGGAAAUAAAUCUAUUCUCGCAUAUUUAACAAAUUCUCGCAUCAACAUUAACAGAAAAAUCAAAUCGGCUAAAACCGCUUGUGAGUGUUUCAUGUGUGUAUGUCUUGCCGUGAACGCGAUUGAUUUUAAUGCAGCACAAUUUUUAUUCUGAUUCACACCUGACCUAUACCAGAUUUGUAACAUUUGAACUUCCAAUGUCAGAAAAAUAAUGUGCGUGUGAUAUAUAAAAUAUUUUUAAUUUGUAUAAAAACAAAAAAAAAACCCGUGAAAAACAGACAAAACGAAAUUUACAAUGCUACCGCUACCUCUUCGAUGAACACGAUAAAUUUUCUCUCUCGGUAUAGUUUGCCAUUGAAUAGGCGCUUAAGAAAGAAAACGUCGCAGUGUAAAUUUUAACUACGUCAAAGUGAUUAUUAUCAGAGAAAAAGUUGAGCGAGAAAAAAACACUAAAGCGAUUCAAAUUUUGAAGCUCAAAAUUUUCGUUUUAUUUUUUUCUCAUUUCUAUUCUUUCAUUUGUGCGUGCGCGAAUACUGAUAAGAAAACGUGUGUUCAUCCCAUCUCAAAAAUCAUCUCAUUGUUUCAACAGUUUGUGAUAAAAAAAAAUAAUAAUAAUAAAUAAUACGAAAAACGAGAAGAGAGAAACAGUUUUUUAGAUUUUAAAGAAGAAAUUAAACAUAUUUUAUAACGAUCAAUCAAACGAAAUUCAAUUCAAUCAGACACAUAAAUUCUCUCACUAUCGUUCACCACAUGGGAAAAGGAACCAAGAAAAAGACUGUGUGGCGUACAUUUUCAUUUGAAAAUGACUAUACCAAUGGCACAGAUGUUGGCAAUACCAACGGACUCACUGCACAUCAUUACCAAGAAGACGGCUCGGAUAACAUCAAUGACGAUGUGUCCAAUCGGACCGUAAUCAGUAAUGGAAAGUAUGUGGCCAGUUGGCGAGCCCAACAACAUCGGUACAAUAAUGAUGAAGCCAUCGAUGAAAAUGAUGUGGCCAACACAAAAUUUCAACAUUUAAAUGGCACUCCAAAUGGUUGUAUGGAGAAUGGUUAUCGAAGUGAAUUUUAUAAGCAUACACGAAUGACCGAUAAGUAUCCAGUGCGGUCGAAUUGUCUACGAAGAGUGAACACACAUUUCCAAGAAAAUGAUGAUGGAAAUAAAAUCGAUUUUCAUGAUAUUCAUGAGAAUCAAACGAUGAAACCAAAUCAAUUUCGAUCGAAUCGUUUGAUGAAAGUACCAUUUUCGCGACACAAGAAAUGGGAUAAUCGAAGCGGCAACUAUAAUUCAAAUGGCAUUUUAAACAAUUAUAGUCGUGGCAACUUUCGUAAAACGUUUCAUUCGGACCGAGAAACAACUGAUGAAAAUAAUCAUACAGAUGAGCAUUUUAACGAAAAUGGUUUAGUGAAAAAUGUACGCAAUGCUGAUGAUAGUGAUAAAUGUCAAGAUAAAGCAAACGGUUGCAAUUCGACGCAACAACAACGAUCAGAUCAACAUUGCAGUCGACAACUAAAUAAGUUCAAUGAAGCCGAAUAUACUCGAAUAUCGACACCGCGCUCGGAAGUCUUAUUUAAAAAAGGUUAUUUAAUGCGUGACAAAAAGUAUGCUGGCCCAAUGAGUGCGACAGCCACAUCGUCAAAUGAUUCGGGCUCGGUGAGUGUUGUAUCAAACGAUGAAACGGCAUCGUACUACAGUAUUCAAUCAAUGAGCCCCGACAAUUCAACCUAUCACAACGGCAACAACUCCAGCGACAGCAACUCGGCCACAUAUCCAAAUGAUGGUUUUGAACACGACCUAUCACUCAUGUAUUCGUCCGGAUUCUACGACAAUAAUGGCUAUUUUUAUCCCUAUAUUCCAAAUAAUUUUGAUCAAUUUAUUGGUCAAACUAUUCUAAUGCCUUAUGAAAGUGCUUCAACUACAGAGGAUCUUGACGCCUAUGAUGCUGAUUCGUUCCCCGUUGAACCAAUGUCACCCAUCACAAACGAUACAAAAUCCAUCGAUGGCGAUCACGUUAAGAAAUGCAAUUCAAUUAAUUCCGAAGAUAUGUCGAACAGUUCACUGAGCGAAAAUGUCAGCAUUAACAAUGAUUCAGACACACCACAACAUCCAUUAACACCACCACCAUCUCCGCGAUCACCAAAUGAAGAACUUAUUUCCCGCUCUGAAGCACCUGAAAAUGAAGCGACAUCAAAACAUGAUGUGGAAAUGUCAACAUCAGAGGAAAAUAUCACUGAAAAUGAAAUCGAACAACAAACCGAUACUCAAAUCAAAUUACAAGACGAUGAAAAGAUUAAAGAAACGUUGCCUAAUGAAAAAGAUGAAAAAGAUGAAAAAGACGAAAAAGAUGAAGAAUUGCCUGAAAAAGACGGUGAUGCGGUUGUUUCUGAUAAUUAUUCGAUGCCGUAUUACUCGCCGUUCAUCUAUGUUCCACCGAUGCCAUUUGUUCCAGAAGUUCGAAUGCCUGGUACAAGAUACGGAAAAACCCGAAAUUAUUUUGGCCGACCAAAGAGGAAUAAUCGCUAUUCACGUUUUUACAACAACAAAGUUUAUAUACCAACUAACUGGAGUGAGGCACCUGACGAACUGGCACAGAUUAAUGUGACCGAUGAAGAGGUCGUUGAACCAAAUGGUGAUGAAAAAGCUGUCGAAACUACUGCACCCACUCCGACUAUAGAACAAUGUGAUAAAAUCUUACAAAAUAGCAAAUUGAACUUAAAUGUUUCCGAAUUUAUACCGCAAAAUAAGCGAAUUAUAUUUGUGCCACAUCCGUUCAGAGCAUCACCACCACCGGUUCCAGUUUAUUUUGUACCGAUUCCAUCCACCGAAAGCACAUUGAAUGUAAACGUUCCUGAAUUCCUACCGAAAAACUAUAAGCCAUUGAAUGCACAAAUUGAUGCGACCGAUAAUAAUGGCGAACAAAAGCCAACAUCAAUGGAAAACAAUGCCACAGAAAUGACGACGAUAAAAACGAACGAAUCCAUUGAAAAUCAGAACGAAACGACGAAUCAGAAUAAUAACAAUAAUAAUAAUAAUCAUACAAACGGCUUAAGUAACAACAAAAAAUGUAUGCAAACAAUCGCAUCGGAUAAUCAACAACAUAAACAGAAUGAUGAUGUUCACGAUGCGAAAAACAAAGAUAAUAAACAAAGCGCCGCUGCACCGAUUCAACAAAAUGAAGUUACUGUAACCAUGAGUGAUUUACUUAAAAACAAUAUAAGCGAUAAUCUUAAUUUGACCGCAUGUAGUUUUAACAAUGAAAAUAGUCAUACAAAUUUAAAGGCUGAUUUAGGCAAUAAGAAUGUCACAAAUAAUAUCGUUAAGAACAAAAUUUAUAAAAAUGAUAACCAUUGUAAUGAUAGCGGUAGUAGUAAGUGGUCGAAACUAACUAAUAGCAAUAGAAAUGCUAAAAUAAAACAUGCAUAUCCCAAGACAAAAGAGACUACAACACCAUGUGCAAAACCACGCGAUCAACCAAAUGUUGCCGAGAAACAUGGUAAAGUCGAUGAAAAAUCUGCCAUUGAAAAACCGUCUACUGGAUUGACUUAUGCUCAAAUGAUGGUUCCUACGAAAUCAAUUGCACCGAAUGAUGUUAAAAAUUCGGCUAAACCAUCGGAAAUUAAAACAACCGAAGAAAGUUCAAAGGCACACAACUCACCGGUAAAAGGAAAACAUUUACAAAAUACAUCAAACAGCCAUGGUCGCCGAAAUUAUUCGAUGAAAAAGAAAGCGACAAAAUCAAUUCAAAUUGAACGCAUCGAAAAACCGAUCGAAUCGAUUGAAUGGUUUACAAUUGGUGCAAAAGGUAAAAAGCAUGCUUGCGAUAGUCAAAUUGUAGAAAUUGCAUUUGAAAAUGGAACAAAAGAGGAAAAAGCCUCCAAAAUUGCCGAAGAAUUACAGCUUGACAUUAAUAAGGAUAGUGAUUUAGCACUGGAUAUUAUGGAUUCAUUGACAGUUACCAAAGAGAAAUCACAAGAUGCCAUUGGAAAAAUGUCAAAGAAAAAACGCACCACAACCAAUUCCAACAAAACAAAGAAAAAAAUCGCAAAAGACAAAAUGAACAAAGAACAAAAACGUAAACGUUGCGACACAUUUGAUAUCACUGAACCGAAUUUCGUAACUUCGAAAAGCGAACAAAAACCAACCGAAGGUGGUGAAGAUGAAGAAUGUGCGCAAAAUAAUGAAACAAUUGAAUCGGAAACGAAUAAAAGUACAGAAAACGAAAACGAACAGACAUCUGUAUUUGAUCCAAACGUAUUUUCCAUAUCGUGCUUGCAAAUGGAACCCAUGCGAGGAGCAUCGGUUGGAAAAUCAAACAAUGCAUUGCGUUUAUCAACUGGAAAAUCACCGAGAAAUUUAAUCAAUCAGUUUGAUAUUUACCAAUCGAAUUAUGACACAAUUGAAAAUAAACAACUUAAAGAGGAUGAAGAAAUGGUGAUAAACAUAUUGCAACAACUUAAUAAAUCAUUCGAUGGCACAUUGCGAAAAGACGACACAACCGUGAUGGACAUUAUUGAAGAGAUAGCACAGACCGAGUCGCACAUUCAUUUGGCAAACGAUCUAGAGAAUGAUGAACGAGAAAAUAGUGUGGAACGUUUUGCCAUCAAUGCAAAACCACAUCAAAAUGUUUACGCAUCGAAUCAUUUUUUAGAGCUUUCUUUUGGCGAUAGGAACGACAACAGUGACCGUGUCGUUAUUUCUACAGACCUAUCGUCAAGCGAUCAAUCCCAUGUAGAAGAUGAUAAAGACGUAUGCGAUGAACACAUUGACACUUAUCCGGUUAUCGCUACAGACAUUAAGGAAUAUGGAACGCAACUCGAAACGGAUUUGGAAGCAAACGGAAACAAUGGAGAUUUGGAAUGUAAAGACAAAUCGGCAGCUAACAUAAAUAUUGAAAAUGUGGCUGAAAAAAAAUCAACUGCCAUUCAAUCUGGCGAAAAUGAAUUGCAAACAAAUGAAACUGAAGAACUUGAUCAUUUGAAUAAAAUUGAAGUUGUGAUCGAUAGUGAACAAAAAUUCACGAUCGAAUCAAAUUUAAACGAUCAACCCGAACAAAUAUUUGAUGUUGAGACUGAAGUUGAGACCAAACAAAAGUCUGAACAUUUAUUCGAAGAUACUCAAAUUGAAAUUCAAAACAAUUUGAACAGCAGUCUAUGCGAACUGAUCGAGUCAUGCGAUGAAGUUGAGCAUCAGCAGACGAUUAAAGUUGAAUUGAAACAUGUAUCGGACGAACAGAAUAUCAAUGAUAUGAAAUUUCAAGUUGAAAAAGAAUCCAUUCAUGAAUUUCAACAAAAUUCAGAGGAACAAGCAUUCGAAAAAGCAAAGAAUUGUAAGACGUCAACAGUCGAAAAUACGGACGUUUCAAAGCAACUAAAGGCUGAAGAAUUGAACAAUGAUCCAUCAAUAAAAACUGAAUCAAUUGAAAUAGUUGACCAAGAACAGUCCAGUUCAAUUGGUGUCCAACUAAAUGAAAAAGACAAAUCAAAUUGCGAACAAAUAACAAAACCAAUGGUACACAUUGAAAUUCAUCCAGUUUCAGAUGAUAAAGAAAUUGAACAAAAAGUCAAUGGAUUGCUUGACGCAUCCGAUCCAGAGCCAAUAUCCCUCGAAACCGAAGCAAGUUCAUUUGAAAUCGAUACAGCAUCAACGGUUUCAUGUAAUCAAUCAAUUAUUUCAAAUGCAAGCAGCAAUAAUCGACCAUGGCUACGAAUCGUUGACACCCAAUUGUUGCAACAACAGAAAAAACUCCAACAAACAUUUCCAAUUACAACUGCCGUUUCGAUGUGGUUGAAUCAAGCGCAAAAAGAGAAAACACCGGAGCCAAUAUUUCGUGUGCCUGAUUAUCGGUUUUUCUCAGCCACCGCAAAGUACAAGAAACAAGACAGCCAAACGAGUCGCAGCAACAGCAGUAUUGAUUUGACAGAAGAUACUGCCAGUAUAACUAGUGAUAAAUUCCACAUGAAUGACGAUGAAGAGGAGGAUAUUAUGAAUUUUUGGGAAUCACCAACAUUGCAAACGCCGCAAUCACCCACACCACCUCCAAUAUCAUAUAACAGUGUUUAUGGCUCUAGCAUCAAUUAUGCAAAUUUAAUAUCAAAUAAAAAUGAGCUUCUUUGCAAUAAUAUAAUGGAUUUUGAUGCAUCGAAUGGCAAAGACAGCAAAAAUGGCUUCAAUCAAAAUAUGGCCGAUAGUGCAGCUAAAUUAUCGUCGGCAGGCAUCGAUGAAAAAUGCCACCGACCACCGCCUGAAGUAUGUUGCACCAUAAUGUAGCAUUAAAUGAAUUUCAUUUCUUUUUUUUUAAAUGAAGACAUAAUUCUUGAAAAGCCUCUCUCGUCAUCUACCCUCUUCCCCUCACAUUCAUCGUGCGCGUCCCCAAUUAGUCGUAGUUGAUCAGCUAUAAACAUUUGCAUGGAAUACACACACACACAAACAAACACGGAAUUGAUCGGUAAAAUCGAAUCGAGGUGAAAAUGCAAAUUGAAAAAAGAUCAUUUGUUAACGGAUUGUUUUAGUUGAUCCACACACAACAAAAAAUAAUUAUUAGAUGUUAAGUGCUGUGCAACAAUAAGGAAUUAUAUAGCUAUUUGCUAGGAAUUUUUGCAAAUUAUUCCAUUUUCUUUUUCAAACACAUACAUAAUUUUCUUUCGUUUUUUUAAAACCCCCCAAUUGACUUGUUUUUUGUUUGGAAAUAUAACAGGAAAAUUAUAUGGGAUGUAAUUUACCAAAGCAUAUGAAAUAUAAAAUUGAAAAAAAUAAAAAAAAACGAGAUGAAAUGAAAAGCAUUAAACAUACAAACACACAUAUUACCAAUACCUAUACCAAUUUGUUAUGCACUUUUUUGCAAAAUCGAAAAAAAAACUUAUUUUUUAUUGUUGAAGAUUAUGAACUAAUAUUUCAAAAUUAUCUAAAUAAA